UACGUGAGCUUUGGCAACAGAUGGCGGCGGCGGCGCUAACUGUCCAAAGCUACAUCCACCACUUUCUUUAACUGUCUAUGAUCCAACAAGAAUCUGAAGGGGUGAAGGCACUGAUGGGGGAAUUCUUUCUAGCUACUAGAGUUGGUUGUCUAACGAGGAACUGUGGCAGGGCGUAGUCAAUCUGACCUAAUUUAGAAUUUAUUGCAUAGCUGUUACGUUCUUGGGUUUUUACCUUUAUUUCCCACUGGAGGCCGCAGAAACCUCGGGCUAGAUUUGGCCACACACCGACCUGAGGGCACGAAGAUAUCUGCGGGAUUCUUUGGAAAGUGUCGUGAAAUGUGUUUGCCAGAAUUUUGCGUUUUAAAGUCGUAACAUGCUUAUCUGGUAGAGUAGAUUGUGUUUACACGAUAGCAAAAACUGUAAUUAAUAUUGAGUAGAAGAAAAGUUGCGAUAAGCCAACUAGUUAUCUAGCUAGCUGUCUUACCAUAAUGCUACUUAGCUAGCUACCUAGCAGCGCCUCUCUAGCAUGUUGAAUGAAUGAAUGAAUUAGCGACCCCUUGCAUUUAACUAACAACCGCUUGUUUUAAUUACAAGAACACGUCGAAUAUUACAUGAGACGACACCUAUUUUCUGCAUGUGUGACUAGCUCCUCUUUACUACAGACGUUUCCCUCAAAUGGACAGGAAUGCGAUUCCGGGGAGUUGGUGGACAGCGGCGAUUUAGCACGCAAAGGUAGUGUGCUAAUACUUACAGAAGCCUGGUAAUGUUUAUGAAGCUGGGGGAAGCUUGUUUUAGCUAGAUACAAAUAUUUGCACUACUUGGACUUGGCAAUAGUUUAAAGCUAACGCCCGGUUUGGGAUGGGGAAUACGGUGUCAUGCUGCGCCUCUCCCGAGUCGAGCCCCAAGCUACCAUCGAGACAACCGGCAGAGCGGCUGGAAGAGUUCCAGACCAGCACCGAAGUGAGUGAUGACAACACCGUGCCCUACCUGCAGCAUAUAAGCGACAGAGAAGUCCCUGAUGAGCUGGCAUUAGAGUCUAACCCGUCUGACCACGCCCGCGCAAGCACCAUCUUCCUUAGCAAGUCCCAGACAGACGUACGAGACAAGAGGAAAAGCAACCACAUAAAUCAUAUCAGUCAUGUAUCGCCUGGUCCAAUGUCAAAGAAAUAUAGCUCCUGUUCCACGAUCUUCAUAGACGACAACACCGUCAGCCAGCCAAACCUCAAAAGCACAAUCAAAUGUGUCACGUUAGCAAUAUACUACCACAUCAAAAACAGGGACUCAGGAAGGUCACUGGACAUCUUUGAUGAGAAGUUGCACCCCUUAUCAAGAGAGCCAGUGGCAGACGACUACUCCCGUGUAGACCCAGAACACAAACUGAUCUACCGCUUUGUCAGAACGCUCUUCAGCGCCGCGCAGCUCACUGCAGAAUGUGCCAUUGUUACACUAGUGUACUUGGAGCGCCUGCUGACCUAUGCUGAGCUGGAUAUCUGCCCCGCCAACUGGAAGCGCAUCGUCCUGGGAGCCAUCUUGUUGGCUUCUAAAGUCUGGGACGACCAGGCUGUGUGGAACGUCGACUACUGCCAGAUCCUUAAAGACAUCACUGUGGAGGAUAUGAAUGAGAUGGAGCGCCACUUCCUGGAACUUCUCCAGUUUAAUAUCAACGUGCCAGCCAGUGUCUAUGCCAAGUACUAUUUUGAUCUGCGGCAGCUGGCUGAUGACAACAACCUCAGCUUCCCCCUGGAGCCUCUCAACAACCAACGCGCCCAGAAACUAGAGGCCAUUUCAAGACUAUGUGAAGACAAGUAUAAGGACCUGAGUCGUGCAGCGAUGAGACGAUCCUGCAGUGCAGACAACCUGAUAGGUAUACGACGCUCCAACGCAGUGCUGUCAUAGGCCAGACUGCUGCCCUCUGUUUUCUAAAAGCCCAGCUCACCCACAACCAAACCCCGGACAGAUGUCAACCUCACAGGUUCAGCAGGUCCUCGUCAGGCAGGAUUCAGGCUUGAAAUGUUGCCGGUAAUUUGCAUUACAGCUGUAGAACUGACUGAGAAAUUACACAUGAAAAUAAGGUGUUAACCUAAAAAGUUCACCACACAACCAUUGGUUUUACAAAUCCCUUAUUCAUUUCUUACCUGUCCCUUAUGUCCUGGAGAAAGUGUUGAGUAGGAAUUGGUCUACUGCAGUUAUCUUGGAGGGUUGUCUUUGUAUUGUCAUGAAAAUGUAAUUUUUCCAAAAUGUAUUUGAAUUAUCCCAGGCAGCCUAUUUGUAAAUUGUCACCAAAUUCCAUGAGAAAACCAAAACCAACAUGUGUUGGUCUCUCUUUGUACUUUUUGAGUUGCUUACCCCGUCUGUGGUAUUCAGUCUCAAGGCCGUUGGUUUGUACUGAACACAUAAACACGACAUACAGUAUAUAUUUAAUAUGGCUCAACAACAAUAAAUUCAUAAAAAGGCUCAGUAAUUUCCUCAAACGGCAUGCACUGUAGUUUUUUAAUCUAACAUUAGCUCAAAUGGGAGGAAAAAGUGUGUUUGUUGGAUUUUUAGCUGUGGAUUGAUACGCGUUUGUCGCUCUUGGUGAGACUUUACAGGAACAAGCCGCUGUGUGUGGGUUUGACUUAAAAUAAACAGUGUACAGUACAUUACUACUGGUUAUGUGUGUUCAUAGUGAUGAAGGAGCAUCCCAGCCAGUGCAACAUUGUGGUUCAUUGAUGUCUUUUAAUAGUUUUUGGACAACAAUGGAGCUCUGUCUCGGUCCAGUCGAGGCAGAAGGCCGCCCAGGUGAGGCCAGGUUCUGUUCGAGGUUCCUGCUUGUUAAAUUGUAGUUUUAAAGUGCAAUUGCUCAUGGGUGAAUUGUUGUGGAUCUGUAAAUUAGAGCGUGCUCUAGACCUACUCUGUAAAGUGUCCCGAGAGAACUGUUAUGAUUUGACACUAAAUUGAAUUGUCCCUGUCACAGAGGAAUGAGAUAUAUCGACAAUAUUUGUUAAUAGGAUCAAUUCAUUGGUAGUUUUGGUUUUUUCAUGGAUUUGUUUACAAUAACAAUAUAUAUAUCACCAGACUUCUCAUUUAAUAAGCCCUGAUGGAAUGCAAAAGCUGUUGCUUGCAAAUCAUAGUUAAUACCAGAAGUAACUUUUGAGAGUGUAAAAAAAAGAAAGAAAAAGGAUUCUAGAAGAUGUGUUUUACUGUUAAUUCCAGUGGUGUUUGAUUCUAUUUCAGUAAAUUAUCUACACAUAUUGGAUUGAGCACACUGCAUGUCUAUUAAACUAUACAUAUUCCACAGGACUUGUAAGCAAACCUUCAGUCAGCUGGGGUCAGUUUUACUUUACAGACCCUUUGGGUGCUCUAUAAGGAGUGUUUUUUUCCUCCAGAUUCUGGAUCAGUAUUUUAUUGAGUGGCUCAAUGUAGCAGUUAGGUUGACAUAAUGACAUGUUGGUUGGGUCCACCCUCAGUAUUGUGCCCCUCAAAUCCAUCCUGAGCCCGUCAAUAGACUUGCAAUCCUGUACUUGUGCCAGAUCCCCUACCAGAGCUUUCAAACAAACUACAUGAGGAAGAGCAGCUGAGGAAGAACAACUACAUUGCUUACUAUGUAGGCUACUUAGCUGUGAAAUGUGUUUUGUUUUUAAUUGAA